AUUGUGACGUCAUAAUUCGCCAUAUUGCGCUGCAGCCAAAACACAAAGAAAACACUAACGAAAAGUUUCUGUUUCUUUGUCAACAUUGGAACAGAUUAUCAUCAAAAUACAUCGAUUCGAUCUCAAAGACAUGGCACAGAGUCCCAUUGGUGGGGCAGUAAAGGCGUUACAGCUGGAACUGAAAAAAAUCAAAGAAGAACCAGUCGAAGGGUUUCGUGUAAAAUUGAUGAAUGAUGACAGUCUGUUUGAAUGGGAAGUGGCUAUUUUUGGUCCUCCUGGCACCAUGUACGAAGGUGGCUACUUUAAGGCCCACAUGAAAUUUCCACAGGAUUACCCAUACAAUCCACCAAGUGUGAAGUUCAUAUCAAAAAUGUGGCAUCCCAAUGUGUAUGAGAAUGGGGAUGUGUGUAUUUCUAUAUUGCACCCCCCAGUAGAUGACCCCCAAAGUGGUGAGCUUCCCUCAGAGAGGUGGAACCCAACACAAAAUGUCCGGACAAUCCUGCUCAGUAUAAUUUCCCUCUUAAAUGAGCCCAACACAUUUUCCCCCGCUAAUGUGGAUGCUUCAGUCAUGUACAGGAAAUGGAAAGAUUCAAAAGGAAAAGACAAAGAGUAUGAAAACAUCAUCAGGAAACAAGUUCAGGCCACUAAAGAAGAUGCGGAGCGAGAUGGAGUAAAAGUUCCCACCACUUUACAGGAGUAUUGUGUUUCAAUCAAACCCCAGACCUCCCAGAACAGUGUCGAUGAUACAGACUUUUAUGAUGAGGACUAUGACUUGGAUGAUGAUGAGGAAGAAGAUAAUUAUUAUGAUGAUGAAGAUGAUGACGAUGAUGAUGAUUCAGGAAAUGGGGGCGAAGGAUCAUGAUGCAUGCUCAGGCUUUUUUCCUUUAUAGUUUGAUAGUGCAAAGGUAUGGUAAAAAGGGAAAACAAUGGAAGACAUUAAGUGGUAGUUUAUUCAGCCUUUUGUGGUUAGCUUACUCUCUGAUUCUUUUAUGUUUAUUGUCUAUUACACAUGUGAUAUAAUGAAGCAGAAAACAAGGUCUUCUGAAAGCAAGAUUUGUAUAAUAUAAGAGGAAUUCAGUUCUGAAUUCGUUGGUCCUAAUUAAAAGCAGAAUUAGUGUUUUCAUGCAGGUGUAGGAUUUGUUUUGGGUUGAAUACAUUUAUUAUACAUGUUUAUGCUAUUACAGAAAACAAAGACUAAAAUUGGGGAAUGAUUUGUAAAUUCAUGCAUUGUCCAAUUUAUUGUUGGGUGCUACACAGCUUACCAGUCAAAUAUAAUGAUAAUAGCACUAAUUGACUGGUCAUUGCUUUGUUUUUUAAAUGUGUAGAGAGACACCCCUCUCCCCUUUAUCAUUGUAAUGCACAUGCUUCUGCUUUUGUUUUCCUCCUUUUCUUCACUGUGUUUCCAUUUUAUGAAAACUGAAGAAAGGAUUGAAGUUUUGUUUAUUCAGAGAGAAGUAAAAAAUAAGUGAACAAACGUAUCCUCCCAUAUUCUUUUUGUACUUGAGGGAAGAGGUUUUUGAGCUAUGGUGUCAAUUGUAAUUAACAGGUACAUGUAUAUUAGAAGAAACAUGUAAUGUUAAAUGAUUAAGAUGAAUGAUGAAUUGUACAUGCAUUUAUUUCAUUUCAUUUUAUUUUGUGAAAUAUUAUUUUUGAACUCUGCAUAUGCUUGAAUGACAAUACAAUAGGUACACAGGAUAUUGAGGUUUGAAUGUAAAUCUAAGCUGCUUUGGUUCGAUCAGUCACUGUUGUUGACAUUUUUCACUGUAUUUCAUCAGCUGCAUUAUUAAGUUAUGCCGAUUUGCAUGCUAGUAUGUUUGGUGUUUUUGAUGGAAUGUGUUAUGGACCAGCUGCCUAGCAGAUUACUGGAAGUGUUUGACAAAUGGUCAGAGGAAUCCAUUGUUUCCAUUUGCACUUGUAACAUUAUUAUAAAAUUUUGUUUCCAUUUAACUGUACAUACGUGAGUGGUAAUUAUUGAAUGUAUGUGUGAAUAUGAGGCCAAAGGUACAUGUGUGGUGAUUUAUCUUUGUAUUCAAAUGCUGAAUGCAUGAUUAAAUGAAAAUUGUACAAAUGUUUUUAUCCAUGAUGAGUUAUCAUCUACAACAGAAGAAAGGAAGGGGGUUAAAGAAAGAGAUGAUCAAUAGAUGUAAAUUAGAAUCACAUAUCAUUAUAGAUUGCUGCCAUAACAAUUAAAUUUCACUCGAGUUGGGCAAGAAAUAUUGUAAACUGUUUUUUUUUAAUGAUCUAUACUCUGUUUAAUGCCCAUUCUUUCUUUAGAUUUGGAAGUUUGAAUCAAGUUUUUAAUAGAUUAAACAAUCAUCAAGAUUUCAUAUUGAUUUGUGUGAUUGUUAUUUAAGUGUUGUUGCUCAUAUACUAUAUUAUAACUAUACACAUGUGGGUUUUAAUUUUAUGUUUAUGAUUUUUUUUUCAGAAGUUGUUAUUUAUGUAUUGUUUAAUAUAAAGUACAAUGUAUUUAAUUCUUUGAUAUGUGAAGUUAAAAAUUAAAUGAUACUUAGAACUGAUUGCUAGAAGUAAUAGUGUUACUGCAAUAAACUUUAAGAUACAUUCCCUUUUGGGCUAAUCAAGGCAUUUGAGGAUAUUUUAUAGGUAUAUUUAUUGUAAUCUAUAAGUAAAAGCCAUUUUCAUGGUAUGUUCAUAAAAUGUAUGCCCUUUUUGAAUUUUUUUUUCAGUUUUUAUUUUGAGAAGAGUCGAAACAUGUAAACAUUGCUCAUGUUAAAAUGUGUUUUACUAAAUAAUGAGUAUUAUUAAAAUCAAAAGCCCACCAUCCCUUUGUGACUUGGAACAACAUGUUGCGAUAUAUUUAAACGAUGCAGAUAUUUCCAUCAUGUGUUAUACUGUUUGCACAUUCCUGAGUCACAUGAAGGAUAUAUAAUACAAGUGAAACAUUUCUGUGCAAUUUAAUUGUGUUGGUAUGAUUGUCAAAAAAUGAUUUAUCUUCAGAUAAUAAAUUUUAAAAAAUAAAA